CAAAUGUGUACAUGCUUUGUUUGAGCGGGUGAAUCCCUGAAGCCCCAAAAUCAUCGAACCCGGCACUCCUUCCUUUCUCAUCCCCAAAUUCACACCUUCAAUCUUCCCUCUCUCUAUUGUGGUGGUCAUCAUGGACUCAAACUUGGACUCUCCAUUCACAGACAAGGGGACUGCAUUUUCCAAGCCUUCAAAAGAUAAAGUUAAUAGGAAUUAUCGGCCUCGUUCUCCAGUUAGUGGGUCAUCUUCAUCUGAUGGGAGUCCUGAGCAUAAUAACAGCUGUAGGCCAAAACUUGCAAUGGGAGAUCCUGGAAAAGUCUCUGAACAUCAACCGAGAAGGAUAGAUGAUUGGAGAGAAUUAAAUAGGGAUUCAGAGAGGAGCUAUUGUGGAAGCAGUGAUUCCUACAGGCAUUCUGAUAGGCAGUCCAGAAAUUUGAAGGGCUACUAUGGGCAGGCUGACUACAUCAAAAACGACAAGCAUGCAGAUGAUGAAAAAAGAACUAAUCAGAAGUUAUCUUCUCGUUCGGAUAGGGAAUCAAGGGGCAGUGCUCAUUUUGAUAAUGUUAGGUCAAGAGACUAUUCACGACAUUUCGACAAAAAUUCUCGUGAUAAAUAUGAUGGUUCUGAACAUAGGAGCAAGGACAAAGAGAGAGGAUCUAAAUUUCUUGAGUACCAGAAAUAUAAAGAUGACUCAUUGUUAGAAAGAGUUGGAUCUGGUAGAAGUCAUGGACAUGUUGAAGAUAUGGAAAGGGAGAGAGAUAGGCAUAAAGUUGACAGAGAUUCUCAGGAUGAGAAAAGAGAUCAUCGUAGGAGUUCGGGAUAUUUUAGAAGUGAACGAAAUCUCUCCUAUGAAGAAUCGAGGGGGCAUCACAGUGGCUCAAUUUCCAGGAGAGAUGAUAGUAAACAUCGCGAGAGUGAAGGUUAUAAGAGUGAUUUGAAGGAAAUGGAUGAUGAAAAGCUUGCGAGAGAUCAAAGGAAGAAAUAUGAUGAUAUCGAAACUAGGAGGAGCAAGGACCGAGUCAUUAAAGAACCAACAGAGCGUUCUGAGAAUGAAGAUAAAUUUAGGAGUGAAGAUCAAGAAUCUGCUGCGAAACGACCAAAGUUUUUUAACCUGGAGAAGGGCAUUGCUGGUCGGAAGGAUGUUUCCAAGUUCACAACUACAUCUGAUGGAAGAGAGUCGUCAAGUUCCAAGCAAGUUCAAGAUGGUAAAAUGGAGAAUGACAUAAAUGCUGCAAAAGUUGCUGCAAUGAAAGCUGCUGAAUUGGUUAAUAGGAACCUUGCUGGUGCGGGUCCUGUGGGUUGCAUGACUGCUGACCAAAAGAAAAAGCUGCUGUGGGGCAACAAAAAGAACACAACUGCAGAAGAGGCUGGUCACCGUUGGGACACGGCUUUGUUCCCUGACCAGGAAAGACAAGAAAAAUUCAAAAAACUCAUGAGUCUGAGGUUGCCUUGGUGCCUAUGGCCAAUUGUAGGGUGUGAAGGGCGAAUUGAAGGUGGAGCACAACCCUGACAACCAAGAGGGCACCAAUCUUCUCAGAGCCGAGAAGCAGAAGGAACUCCAGCAGGAUUUGGAGAAGCAGUAUACAGCUGGACUGCGAAGAAGAGAUGGCCGCACUGUUGGUUUAGGUCUUUAAGCAUUCUAAGAUUCUAUUGUACUGUGAAAACAUUGGGAUAUUCUGUAUUACUCUUGUGCCAGAGCUAUGCUCAUCACCUUUGUAUUGGUCUCACUUGGAAUAUGCUUGCUAUGGACCCGAGAUUCAUUUUUCGUGUUGUUUUCCAACCAUCUGAA